GUCGCGACCGCCGAUAGACAGCGGCAAGUGGACCGGCUUGAAAGCUAAGCUAAUUCACUCCAAUUUAGAAGCUCGUUAAUGUCUUUUUUUCUACGGAUUUUGUUCCCCGGAUAUACUUGCAUUUGUUUUGGAAAAUUCACCACCGCGGGUGAAUGUUUUCGCUUCCGGGCUAACGAGUCGAAUUGAGCGUUAAUUUUGAUCCAAAAACCCCGCUUUUUCUCUCCGCGCCGCUAGCUGGAGCAGGGCGCCACUUCUGUUUGACAACAGCGCGCUUCCUCACGUUUCUGUUAUUGUUGUGGUUCGCAGCGGCUCAGUAAACGACCAAAGCCGCAAUAACGCAGAGAAAGGGGAAAUAUAACACCCUUUUCCCCCCCAAACAUGGCUGAAUUCCUGGAAGACCCGUCGGUCCUCACCAAAGAUAAGCUGAAGAGCGAGCUGGCCGCGAACAAUGUGGCGCUGCCCGGCGGAGAGCACAAGAAGGAGGUGUACGUGCAGCUGUACCUGAAGAACCUGACGGUGCUCAACAACAAGAAGAGUCCGCCCGCAGACACCUUCUCCUCGGACGAGGAGCUGCCGGCCCCCGUGGUGUCCAACAGGAGCCGCUCCGGGAAAAAAGCUACGAGAAAGACAGAUAAACCUCGCACGGAGGAAGUGGAGGUGACAGAUCUCACGGAUGAAGAUUUAAAACAGCAGCUGACAAAGCAUGGGGUGGAAACCGGACCCGUUGUUGCCACCACCCGUAAGGUUUAUGAGAAGAAGUUGCAGAAGCUUUUAAAUUCUCCUGAAGCUGAACCAGAAGCUGAUGUCACAACUCUCCCCAAAGCAGACAGUAACCAGAACGGCAGCACAAACUCUGACCAGUACAGUGACAAAGAAGAUGAAGAGCUUGCCCCAGUACCGGAGCCCGUUCCUGUGGUUGAGAGGUCUGUGAGGAGCAGAGGGAAAACUCCGGUCACCCUCAGGACCAGCAGCAGACGGCAAGCCAAGCAGUUGGUAGAGGAGAGUAUGACUGAAGACACACCAAAAAAGAUGGGCGACAGUGUGGUUGAAGAGAUCCUUGCCAAUGAAAUAAGCACACCAACAGGCAUCAGUGCAACCUGCAGACGUCCGAUCAAAGGGGCGGCCGGUCGACCUCUGAAACCCACCGAGUACUGGCUGGAUGAGUCGCGUGUGAAGCGCAGCCUCCACACCGAGACCCGCUCCUACUCUGAGAUGCUCUCAAGACCCCUCAGCUCCACACCUUUCUCCAGCAAAGCGCCGGUCCGACGAGCCUACCUGUCCCUGUUGCUCAAGCUCCUGCUCCUCGUGGUGGUGUGUGCGUCUCUCUACUACGCCUACCAGAACCUGGAUUCUGCUCACGUCAACACGCUCAAAGGCCUGCUGGACAGCGUGGUCGUCCCGGUCCGAGGCGCGGCGGAGACGGCGGCCUCCUACCUGGGCAUCAGCAGCAGCGCCACAGAAGGCGCUGGUAAUUAAAGACCCUCAGCAGUUCGUCACCAUGCCGACACCACCUCCCUGCCACAGCACACCACAACUCAAGCAGCAAUCCUGGUUUCCCUAUUUUCCUACAUGUUCGGACAGGAUUUAAUUGGAAUGAUAAACUUUGUCCAGUUUCCAGCUUUCCUCCCACCACAAGAGGGAGGUGUACUCAAACAGUAGCUUUUGGGUAACACUGUUAUGUGGCAGUCAGAAGAGACUAAUUUUAAUGUCGAUUUUCAUCUGUGAAUUGUGUCUUUGUGUGAAUUAACCCAUAUAUGUAGAUGUGAGUGCAGUAUGGAGAGGCCAGUUUAUCCAUGCAUGGUUGUAGUCGUUGACAGUCAUACUGUAGUUUUUAACUCUCGACGCCAGGUGCUUUUUUGUUGAAGUGCCUGGACACGUUAGCACUUAGCCCUCAAACCCAUUAUUUUUAUUUUUUUAAGCACAAAGCAGCGCUUCUACUAAUGCCAGAAUGUCUCCGUGUUUCUGUAUCAAGUAUUAAUUUCAGCAUUUUGCUUUUUAGCUAUAGGAAUAGGUUGGUAGUAUUAUUGUGCUCAGGUUGAUAAGAUUCAGACUUCUUAAUGUGGUCUGUGGUGGGAGGAGACGCACGGUGUAAUCAGGUCACAUCACUGCAUGAGGAAAAUCCGCCAGCUUCAAAGCUUUUUAUUUUAUUUUAUCCCAACCUGAUGACUGAUCUAAGCUCAAAUUAUGUCAGCUGGAGCCUUGUGAUCAUGAGUGACAUUUCAGUUCUGUAGCAUAAUCAUGAUUUAACUGAUAAUGAAUCAUGUCAUCCAUUUACAAACAGAACCCAUAAGAGGGAGCUUUUAGGACUGAAUCCCUGCCAUAUAUUUGAGAGACUGAAUAAAGAAAAAAAAUGAAGCAUUUCAUCUUUUUUUUUUUCUCAUCUUUACCAGUUUGUCCUUUUGAGUUUACAUGAACUUUGUUUUUAGUGCUUUGUUGUGCUUUUUCUUUGAUUUUAAUUUGUUUUUUAAAGAUUUCUGAUCCUUCAGUCCUCCGAGCAGGACUGGCUGUUGCAGUGCACCCACAUAGCCCAACUCACGGACUGCAUUUGACCAGACAUGAAACAUCUCCAAAAAGGACACAUUUAGGAAAAAGAAAAAGAAAUCCCUUUUGAAAUGUUGAUGCCGUUUAUAUUUGUCAGUCGUUUACUUCUGCCUGGGCCACGUUGCCACCAUCAACGGCACUGUAGGUUAAUCUGUGUUGACUUGGUUACCUGCAUGAAUCAUGGAUGCAUUUACUGGGGGUGAUGUUGGGAUGGAAAGAUUUCUGAGGAGGUUUUGUUUCUAUUUAGGUAUUUUUCUAAAGUGACAUGUUCAAUUUUUUAUAACACAUUUUAAGGUAACAUUUUAAGCAAUAUGUGACAUGCAAGUAAUACUGUAUCAAUCAGAUUUUUUUUGCUGAUUUAACAAGUGAUUCUUAUCAGGCAGCUCUCCCACAAAGGACAGAAACAAGGGUUAUGUGGGUAAGGAUUUUUAAUCUAUUUAUGAUAAUGUAGACUGUGUAUCAUAAAAUAAACUUGGUUGUUACCGUAA